GCAUUUACAUUCAUCUCACUUCUUCCCCGCAGGCCUCAGAGGAAUCGGUUGCGGUGUCAAAAUGGCAGAGAAAAAGAUGACACUAAGCCGGAGGAAUUACCUCAAGAGUUUGCUGUUACAGAUUGGUCAGACAAUGCUCGAUGAGGCGGCUGAACAGGCCCAGGAGGAGAAGACCAGAUACAUGGAGGAGAACUGCCCUGCUCUCGCUCUUCCUGACUGCAUGCAUGAGUUGCAGGAGCUCUGUCGGCAACUUCACAAGCAGAUUGAUCUGGUAGAUGACGAAAGGUACGACAUGGAAAUGAAAGUGAAGAAGUCUGACCAGGAGAUCAACGACCUGAAGUUAAAGGUUCAGGAUCUCAAUGGAAAGUUUAAGAAGCCGACCCUGAAGAAGGUUCGGAUGUCAGCUGAUGCCAUGUUAGCUGCCCUGCUGGGGUCAAAACACAAAGUGUCCAUGGACCUGAGGGGCAACCUAAAGCAGGUCAAGAAGGAGAUGAAGGACGAGGAGAAACAGACCGGGGACUGGAGAAAGAAAAUUGAGGACAAAGCCGGGAUGGAUGGCAGGAAGAAAAUGUUUGAGACAGAGGCCUAAACUCCUGGGAAUUCUUCUGAUGUUGAGCGUCAUCAUUUCAGUGUUUUAUAUCAAAACAUAUUGUUAACAAUGUUAUGUAAAGUACACAAAAUAAUAUAUCAGGAAAAUGAUCAUCUAAGACAGACAAAAACACAGAUUGAGACUAGUUGGUGAAACGGGAGGUGGAAGGAUCCCCGAUCAAUACUUCCUGUUUUAUAAUAACUGUUACAAGGCAAGGCAAGUUUAUUUGUAUAGCACAGUUCAUGUGUAAGAAAAUUCAAACUGUUUUACAUUAAACAUUAAAAGCAUUACAAAAAGAGAAAAAAAUAUGAACACAUUGCAAAAAUCAUCUUAUAAAAUUCGAUUAAAAUGAUUCCAACAGGUGCUUUGAACUGGUUGUUAACUUUCAGUUCUGACUCAAUAAUUACACUAAGAGUUUUGAAUUGAUUUGUAGCUUUCAAUGACACAGCAUUAACGCGAGCACUGAUCUCAGACCUUUCAGUUUUGGGGCCAAAAACAAUCAAUUCUGUCUUUGCUGGAUUGAGCUGGGUAAAAUUCUGGUCCAUGCACCAAAUGAUUUGAUGAAUACAUUUCAUGAAUGCAAGAGACCACAGUCAUGUGAUGAUGCUGAAAUGUAAAGUUGCGUGUCAUAAUCAGAUCCAUAAUCUGACCACGGGACAGCAUGUAGAUAUUCAAUAGAAAUGGUCCAAGAAUGGACCCUUAUGGAACCCUACAUGUGAGCUUUGUUUGCUCUGACUCAUGACUACCAACUGAGGCAAAGGAAUCCCAAUCGUGCAAGUAAGAUUUGAACCAACCACAGUGCCAGUAAAUCCGACCCACUGUUCUAAUCUGUUGAGCAGUAUAUUAAAUGCAGCACUGAGAUCUAGCAAUACCAAGACAGUGGUUUUAAAGUCAUCAAUAUUCAGAAGUCGUAUUUAUUACUUAAAUAAGUGUGGUCUCAGUGCUGAGUUGUGGUCAAAAUCCAAACUGAAAUGCAUUUAAGAGAUUAUUUUGCAUCAUAAAACUGUGAAUGUGUUGAAAAA